GGCCGCCGGGACGGCUCCGCAGCUGCGGGAAGGCCGGCCCCCGGGCCACGGCCGGAGACUGUCUCUUAUUGCUGGCUGGACACCUCCGCCUGGCUAAGCCUAGCCAUCCCUCAGGAUCUACCUCCCUCAGUCCGGGUUGGGCUGGCCUCACAAAUGCCACUACUCGGGGUCGCCCUCAACUGUGUCUCCGGGAGGGGUAGGCCGAGGAGACUGCCCUUCCCGGAACUCCCCGAGAGCGAGAGCUCCGAGCGCCCGGAAACUACAAUUCCCAGGGCUCUGAGCGCCCCCAGGGGCGGGACUUCCUGGCGGCGACUCGCGCGGAGAAGAGAUGGCCGAGGCGCCGGGCUCGGGGCACCGCUCGCUAUACAAGGCGGCGGGUUCGCCGUCCUGGAAAGAGGCUUUUCGGCAGGGAUGCCUGGAGAGAAUGAGAAACAGCCGGGACAGACUCCUGAACAGAUACCGCCAGGCAGGAGGCGGUGUGCCAGGGAGUGCUCAGAGCACCCUUCUGGUGCACGAAGUGAUGGAAGAGGAGUGGAGUGCGUUGCGGUCGGUGGAGGGCCGUCCAGAGGUCUCGGCUCAGUUGGAGGAGCCCGUGGACCUGGCUGUGCUCGAGGAGAUCCAGCAGGAGCUGGCCGACCAAGAGCGGAGCAUCAUCAGCGAGUAUGAGAAGAGCUUGCAGUUCGACGAGCGGUGUCUCAGCAUCAUACUGGCUGAAUGGGAAGCAAACCCCCUCAUCUGUCCUGUGUGCACAAAGUCCAACCUGAGGGUAGCCAAUGGCGUGGUCACGUGUCCGUGUGGCCUGUACCUCUCCAAUCACUUUCCGGAGUUGACGGAGCAAAGGCUUCGCGCCUGCAUAGAGGACAGCGUGAACGCGCACAGUGCACACUGUCCCCACACGCCUGAAUUUUCGGUCACACAGGCGACAGGAGAAAGGCCCACUCUUCUCAUGAGCUGCCUGGUGUUUAAAAGUGCAGUUCUCUGAGGGGUUUACUUGCCCAGGAAGAUGAAGCCACUGAAACUACCGGAAGGGAGGGGACAGAGGCCACCCAGGAGUGGGGAGCCUGGCCCAGAGUCAGCGGAUAUUGUCACACUCACGAGACCCAGACAGGCCGGUCCGUGUCCGUUGUGCAGGAGGGCGUCAGGUCACUGGGGAGACAAAUGCCCCUGUGAGGGGGCUGGACGGUGGGGAGGGAGGCAUUUGUGCCGCGGGCUCCGUCUGUGACGAGGGGACGUGUCCCCACUGCUGGGGGCGGGAAGCAGGCUCGCGUCAGGCUCGUCCUCCAGGGAGACCGAGCCGGCCCUGGAGUCCGGGUCUCUGGUUCCAGCGCCUCCGCUGUUCCCUGCUCGGGGCUCGGGCCGGUGGGGACCGGCUUUCCCGCAGGCGGGGUGGGGAGGACCCUGGGUGAGGUUUAAGUGGCAGGCGGCCGUGCCCCCUGCUCCAGCCCCUCACAGACCAGGCACCUCCGGGGGCUCCCGCUCUGCGUCCGACGCUCGAGGCUGGUUUGCACCUGUGACUGAGCACUGCCGCGUGCACCGUGGCAGCCCGAGUCCUGCUGUUCUUGGGCUCCCGCUGUGCCUGAUGCCGCGUCUCCGCGACACCACUCGUGCCUUCGUCCUUGAGGGCGACCCCACACCUUGACUGUCCUCCCAGCCCCAGCACGUAGGCAGGUGCCUGAUGCGUCUGCAGCAACGGGUUGAGGUCGGGGUGGGGGCUCAGACGGGGCGCAGGUCAAGUGGCUUCAGCCCCCGCCUCCUUGCGGAGAUGGGCGAGCCAGCCACCUGAGGCGUGUGGCGCAGGAACGUGAGCCCCAGCCGCGGGCUGGAGGGAGUGGCUGGGAGCACCCAGCGGCACCCCAGCGCGUGGCCGUCGCGGGCCCCGGUCCGUGGGGUCAGGGCCCCGAAGCUCUGAGCAGAGGGAAGGCGGGCGGAGGUGAGGCCAGCCCUCCUGGGCACAGCUUGCCAGCGCGGCCUUCCCGUGGGGAGAGACCCCCGUGGGGCCGGCGGGUGACAGAAGCAGGGUUGAGUUCACGUGCCCGGAGCACUGGAACUCGGGUCGCCAGGCCUCUGGCUUCACGUGAGGGGGAGUCCAGGACCGAGGGGUCAGGCUGCGGGGGGUUCGGCCUGGAUGUGGGGCCUGAGGCGAAGCCGCAGGUGCGGGCUACGAAAGGUCACGCGUGGCCACGAGGACACGGGAGGCAGGAGAUGUGCGUGCGGUCUGGGCUGGUCACAGGCUGGAGGGCACUAGACCCCAGAAAGCCACAUGUAUCCCCUGUGGAAGCGGUUGGGGACUCCGUGGCAUGGUGGCCGGGUGAGCGGUCAGGGAGUCAGGAGCCUGUUUUCACUCCGAUGCUUACCGGGCCUCAAGUUGGGGUUCUGCCCGUGGGGGGCACGCGUGGUCUGUACCUCCCUGCGGCACAUGCCUGUUUGAGGCCCAGGGUCAGUGGGAGGAGCCUCACCUCCCCGCGUGGCCGCAAAAGCCACCAGCUGUCAGAGGCUUGAAUCUGGCCUCUGGCUUCCCCCGUCCCAAGGGGGAGGGCGUUUGAGUGUCUCUGGGAUGUGAUCUUAGCUGGAGGCCACCGUGCUGGUGCUGGCAGACUGCUGGCAGCCAAGGCAGUCGUCCUGGGGCUGCGGGAGGGCGGUCCCCAGCACAGCCCCAGAGGCAGGCUCUCCAUGCUGGCGCCACACCGCCCAAACCAGCCGUGACGACCUGAGUUCUG